GCAAAGCAAAAUAUCUUGCACAGCCAUAAUAAUGAGACAGUGUGGCAUAGGAGGGGCUUAUCCUGUUGAGUAGCCGAAAUCAAAGGACGAAGAUGGCUAUGAGUGCUGCUGCAUCCACAUGGCUGAUUCCAUGUAUGGCAAGAACACAUGGAGAGCAGUUGAAGCUGCACAACAAGUAUAGUAGUAGUAGUAGUAGACAUAGCAGAAUAAGAUGCAAUUGCAAGGCAUCAUCGUGGAUGACGUCAGAGUUGGAUCUGUACGAUCUUCUUGGGAUUGAUAGCACAUCGGGUCAGUCAGAGGUGAAGACGGCCUACCGCUCUCUCCAGAAGCGGUGCCACCCGGACAUCGCGGGCCCUGCCGGCCAUGACAUGUCCAUCAUCCUCAAUCAAGCUUAUGCCAUUCUCUCCGACCCCAAUGCUCGCCUCGCAUAUGACAGGGAGCAAGCCAAGAUAUCAGAAUUCAAAGGCUUCACCGGCAGACCCCUGUACUCGGUAUGGCGGGGCUCCCAAACCGAGCAGCGGGCCAUCUUUGUCGACGAGAUCAAGUGCGUCGGCUGUCUAAAGUGCGCCCUCUUAGCUAACAACACCUUUGCUAUUGAAUCUGUUUAUGGCAGAGCAAGGGUUGUUGCUCAGUGGGCUGAUUCUCACCACAAAAUCCAAGACGCCAUUGAUUCCUGCCCUGUCAACUGCAUUUCGCUAGUUGAAAGGUCCAACCUUGCAGCUCUGGAGUUCUUGAUGUCCAAGCAACCGCGUGGCAACGUAAGAGUAGGCGCAGGUAACGCAGCUGGCGUUCGUGUCUCCAACAUAUUCGUGGAUGUGGACAAGUUUCAAAAAAGGUUCCAGGAAACAAUGGAUAAAGCUUCCAAGUGUUCAAAGGAAACAGACCUCCAAAGAGAAUCAAGAAUGUCAGCAAUUCAGGCAAUAAGAUCAAUUUCCAAUUGGUUAUACUGGCAAGCACCCAGCGCAUGUGGAAGCUCUGAAAAAAACAUGACAAGAGUCACAUAUCAAUUACCAGAACCGGAUAUCGGUAAGCUUAGAGAUGCGGCUGCAAGGAAGAAACUGAGGGAUCAAAUUCCACAAGCUUGCCACCGUCCUGAAGAGUAUUGGGCCCCAUCAACAUAUGCUCUUCCGUCUUCAACUACAACAACUGCUACUCCUCCAAGGCCAGCUGAGAAGCCUUCAGCUAUCAAGGGAAAGAUUGAAGAUGAGAACCAAAAUAGCCCAAUUAGAUGGGGAUUUCCAAUUGUUACUGCAUUGAUCGCGGUAGCUACGGUUCGAUUACAUGAAGCAGAGUCAGUUCCUGAGCUGAAACAACACAUAGGUGGUAAUCUGGCUUUGGAAAUUGUGAACAGUCCCUGGAUGCAGUAUAUACUGGCAGCAGCUACAUGGUAUAUGAUUGGAAUGGCAAUUGUAGAACUUGUUGCCAUUAUUGGCAAUGAAGAUAGAUAGAUAGAUAGAUACAAAGUCCAUAAUAAAUAGCCAAGAUUGAUUAGAACUAUAUACAUGUAAGUAGCAAGCAGUAAGGUAUCUGAAGAAACACAUGAACAUGAUCAUAGCAGAUGAUGUAUUAAAACUUUCAAGUUCUCUUUUAAGAAUAUCAUACUUCAACAAUUAUUUGA